GGGUGCGGGCGCCAGCAGGCAGCAGGGAGCGCUCGCAGCCUCAGCGGCUCCCCGUGGCCCCGGACUCUCCAGAACAAGUUCUGAAAGUGGGGGCAGGCAGUCUGAGGAAACAGGACGCUCGCUGCUCGACCGGCCUCCCGCCUUUCAACUGUCACCUCCCCCAGCAGAGUUCAACCCAACCCCCGCCUGACCCAUGCAGAAAGCGGGACUGCUGCUAGGUGGCUGGACUCGAGCGUGGAAGUCGGUGAGGAUGGCCAGCUCCGGGGUGACUCGCCGAAACCCGCUCGCGAAUAAGGUGGCCCUGGUCACUGCCUCCACCGACGGGAUUGGCCUCGCCAUCGCCCGCCGUCUGGCUGAAGAUGGGGCCCAUGUAGUCAUCAGCAGCCGCAAACAGGAGAAUGUGGACCGUGCAGUGGCAACACUACAAGGAGAGGGGCUGAGUGUUUCUGGCAUCGUAUGCCAUGUGGGGAAGCCAGAGGAUCGAGAAAAGCUGGUAACCACGGCUGUGAAGCUUCAUCAAGGCAUUGAUAUCCUGGUCUCAAAUGCUGCUGUCAAUCCUUUCUUUGGAAACCUAAUGGACACCACAGAGGAGGUGUGGGACAAGGUUCUGAGCAUUAAUGUGACAGCGACAGCCAUGUUGAUAAAAGCGGUGGUGCCGGAGAUGGAGAAACGAGGAGGCGGCUCGGUGGUGAUUGUGGGGUCCGUAGCAGCCUUCACUCGAUUCCCUGCUCUAGGCCCUUACAAUGUCAGUAAAACAGCUUUGCUGGGUCUUACUAAGAACUUCGCUGCGGAGCUGGCCUCAAAGAACAUCAGAGUGAACUGUUUGGCACCCGGACUCAUUAAGACUCAUUUCAGCAGUGUGUUAUGGAAGGACGGAUCAAGAGAGGACAUCAUAAAAGAAUACUUGCAAAUUAGAAGGCUAGGCAAACCAGAGGACUGUGCUGGCAUAGUUUCUUUCUUGUGCUCUGAAGAUGCCAGUUACAUCAAUGGCGAGACAGUAGUGGUUGGAGGAGGAACCCCUUCUCGCCUCUGAGGACCAAGAGAGACAGCAGAGGUUAACUCCAACCCGUGGGGGUGGGGGUGCAAUCCACCUUGCCUCUGUCACCCUUCCUUGCCGCUGACUAAUAUUUUGUUCACCCCACAAAAUCAGCUCUACCAGAUAAUAAAUUCCUGCCUUCUCUGUG